AUGCACCAGCACCACUGUGCUCUAGCGGUGUCCCGUGGCCAUCUCUCUGGCGCCGGCCACCUCAUCUAUGUCAGGGAGUGGCGGCUCGAGGCGCACGCCGACAAUGAGGACCAGCUUCACCACGUCCGCCUCUGCUUAGAGGGCGUCCCGCUCCACGGCUGGAAUAGCUACAUCGCCACCUUCCUCAUCGGCCGCGGCUGCUCCCUCGACUACAUCGAGCCGCGCUCCCUGCGGAAGGAGGACACGAGGGACUUUGCCCUCUGGGCAUGGAUGGCAGACCCCAACGCCAUCCCCAAGGUCAAAUGGCUGACCCUGCCAGCGCGUGGCCACCGCCGUCGUGGGCGGCGCGGGCUCCGGCAUCGCGUCAUCAUCCACCUCGACCUCCUUGAGGACCACUCCAAGGCUGGCGACGACGACGACAACCCGCCACCACCGGACGUCCAUGAGUUUACCUGGUACCGCAAGUGGGUUGAUGGCACAUACGUCCCAAGGGAGCGGCAACAACCUGAGGGCGAUGCUCUCCGACGCUCUAACAGGCGCGACGAUGAAGGCGACCAUGACGGGAGGCGCGGGCGUGAUGACGGUCGUGCGUGGUAG